AUGAAGGAGGCAAGCACAGACACGGUCACCCCCGCCCCGGACGAGAAUGCUCCCGAGCCAACACCGCCUCCAUUCACAGUCUUCACCGUCAACCAGCGACGGUGGAUCAUUUUCCUGACCGCCUUUGCGGGCAUGUUCUCACCGAUGAGCAGCUUCAUCUUUUACCCUGCCAUCAACUCCAUCGCCAAGGGGCUCAACGCCACUGUGGAGCUGGUCAACCUGGCCGUUACCACUUACAUGGACGUCUCCGGCAUCGUUCCGGCUCUGCUCGGCACUGCCGCAGAUAAGUAUGGUCGGCGUCUAGUAUAUAUUGUAGCCUUGUCCAUUUAUUUGGUAGCAAAUAUUGGUUUGGUGCUGCAGAGCAGCUUUCCUGCCCUCCUAGUCCUGCAGAUGCUUCAAAGUGCAGGCAGCUCUGGGACUAUCUCUUUUGGAUAUGGUAUCAUUGUCGACAUUACGACUGAAGAUGAACGCGGGUCCUACGUCGGGCUAAUGCUUGUUGGACCAAACGUUGCACGGCCGAUUGGCCCCAUCCUCGGCGGUAUCAUGGCUGCAAAAUUAGGUUUGCAGUGGAUUUUCUGGCUACUUGCAAUCCUAGGAGAAUUUUGCCUUGUCCGCCUCGUCAUUUCGCUGCCGGAGACGUCUCGAUCCGUUGUCGGCAAUGGCAGCAUCCCACCCAACGGCAUCUACCGUAGCCUGAUUCCCAUGGGCAAGCAAGAGAGAUACCAAGAGAAGGUAGAGGAGACGAUCAAAAAGAAAGAAAUCACCUUGCCCAAUCCCUUGGCAUCUCUUAAAAUCUUACUAUCAUUUCGGUUGUCCAACGUCCUCGUCUGUGAUGCGAUCGCAUAUACCUGGCAUGCUUCGUCAAUACACUUGUCUGAGGCAAAAUCCUCGAUCGCGAUUAUGCACAAGCCGCCAAGCGCCACGGCAUAA